AGUAAAAGAAGGUAGAAGAGGGGAGUGUUAAAAAGGGGGGUGGUGACUGGGCAGGCCACACUAAAUGUAUAUAACUGUACAUUGAAUGAAUUGUUUGACAUGAUUGUAAAAAUAAAACUUUAUUUAAAAAAAAAAGAGUUAAGGUGGGUUUACUAAGACUGGAGAUUUCAAAACCUUUCUUAGCCCUGGAGACAGGAUUAUUAUUGUAGGGCUAAAAUGAAGGGGGACUGAAACCAUUUCAGGGUCUUCGAAGAAAUGCAGGGAAGAGAGAGAGAGAGAGAGAGAAGGAGAGAGAGAUAAAGAAGGAGGGAGGGAGAGAAAGAGAUAAAAAGAGAGAGAGAGAGAGAGAGAGAGAGAGAGAGAGAAGCCACAUUUCUGAAACUUAUGCUACAGUAUUUGUUGAGUUAUUCCCGACAGCGAGCCUCGAAGGAGCUGGUUGCUUUAAUCCUCUCCAUUACUACAAGCUCUUGCGUCAAACCGGCAGGACGAUUUCAACCGGUUCUGGCGCUUGGGCUGUAUGUAACCAGCGGCAGGCCCCGCCUUUUCGACUCGCGGCGGAUGGCACGGAGUUGAGCAAGCGCCACAAAAGCCCCUGUCGUCGCCUCGGCUCUCCUGUUUUCAUCAGCUGCUCAGCAAAUUGCGUCUUUCUGUUCCGCCGCUGCUGCUAUUGCUGCUGCUGCCACCGCCGCCAUGGCCUCGGGGACCAGGCCUCUGCUAGGGCACAUCUGCGUGGUGACCGGCGCUUCGCGGGGCAUCGGGAAAGGUGUCGCGCUGCAGCUGUCGGAAGCCGGCGCCACCGUCUAUAUCACGGCCCGGCACCGGGAAACUCUGGAGCAAGCGGCGGCGGAGGUGCAAAGCCGGGGCGGCAAGUGCGUGCCGGUGGUGUGCGAUUCUACUCGAGAGGAAGAAGUGGCGGCGUUGUUCCAGCGCGUCCGAGAGGAGCAAGGCGGCCGCCUGGAUGUUUUGGUUAACAGCGCUUUCUCCGCAGUGACUACCCUCUCCAAAGAGAUCGGUGUGCCGUUCUGGGAAAGCGAGCCGUCCCUCUGGGACCAGAUCAACAACGCCGGCCUGAGAGGCAACUAUUUCUGCACGGUUCAUGCCGCCCGGCUCAUGGUGCCCGCCGGGCGCGGUCUCAUUGUCAUCAUCUCCUCGCCCGGUGGGCUGCGGUACAUGUUCGACGUCCCAUAUGGGGUGGGCAAAGCUGCCUGCGACCGCCUGGCGGCUGACUGUGCCGUCGAGCUGCGCCCCUUCGGCGUGGCCUGCGUGUCCCUUUGGCCCGGGCUCGUUCGCACCGAACUGGUCAUGCAGCAAGCGGAGAAUGUCGAGAGACUAUUCAAGGACCUGCCGGAGCGGCUGGCCAACAAGGCAGAAAGUCCCGAAGUGAGCGGGAAAUGCGUGGUGGCCUUGGCUUCGGAUCCCCACGUCAUGAGGCACAGCGGCAAGGUGGUCCUCAGCCCAGACCUUGCCCGUCGCUACCGGUUUAAGGACGUGGAUGGGCGAGACGUUUAUAAUUAUGUUUCGGUUCGGGAAUGCCUUACCGAAUUGAUGCCCAAGCUGUCUUUCCUUCUCUGGUUCAUUCCUCCCUUUAUCACUUUCCCUAAGUGGGUCCUUGCUCUUUACUCCAGCAAGUUUGCUAUCUACCCUCCCAUUCAGCCGGCGGAUUUUAAACCAGUUAAAAAAGACUGAUCCGUGUGGUGUGUGCCUUAGGAGCAUGUUUGGCAACAAGCUCAAGCUUUUGUGAAAAAAAUGAUUGUUUUGGUCAGUCGUUCUCCCACUGGUAAACGAUUUCAGCUCUUAAAAAUCUGCAAGAGUGAGUUUUUGCAGGAAGGGAGUUUACCCUUCUAAAAACUCCUUUGAAGAAUUGCUUGGGGAUUUCCCUCUGAAAUGAAAGCUUUAGGAGACCAUUUCUUAUUCUCUAAGAACUGCUUCAUUGCUUUUGAGAUAGCAUUAUCUGCUAAGUUACUUAACAUUUCUGUACUAUCUAAAACGGGUCUCCAACCUUGGCAACUUUAAGAUUUGUGGACUUCAACUCCCAGAAUUCCUUAGCCAGCAAUGCUGGCUGAGGAACUCUGGGAGUUGAAGUUCACAAAUCUUAAAGUUGCCAAGGUUGGAGACCCCUGAUCUAAAAUUCAAGGUUUGAAGUUUAUCAAGGAAUCAUUCACUUACUUGAAAGUGAUUAGAGCUACUUGCAACUAAGAAUCCUGUAGUUAAAAGAUGUCAAGACACCUGGGAAAAAUGCUUUUUUGUUUUGCUUUUACCUAUGUUAAGCACAUUUAUAUACUCUGCCAGAGCCUGUUUGUAUUCCAGUCUUCUGUAUUUUGUUUCCAUAAAAUCAAUUGUCAAUUUGAAAUGCACUUGAUAUUACGAAGCUUACUUAAAACAAAAACCAAAACUUUGAAAGAAAAGGGUUCAUCUCCUCCCUUCCAUUCAGUUUUUUCAGAUUCUUGGAGACUGGCGAAGUCCCAAGGUAAAGCUUGCGGGAGGAAAUCCUUUUAUCUGUAUCUUUUUCAGCCUUCAAAAGAUUCCAGAAUUCUGUUCAUUCCAAAGUCAAAUAUUUGCAGAAUUAAUCCUGAUGAAAGAAAAGCCCUUAGAGACAGUAGCUACUGUAUAUUAUGCCAUACAGGAUACUCAAAUCAGCAAACAUUAGCAAACGUAAUCAGAGCCAUAUCCGAACAAGGUUUACUAAAAACCAUUAUGAAACAGAUAAGGGGGCAUAAAACAAAGUCCUGAAUAAGGAGCGGGGGAUGGGUUGAGGGUAAGAAACACCUCACUUUGUUCAGUUUGCUAUCUCUGUAUAAUUCCCAAAGAAGCAAGUUCUUCUUGUAGUGAAGGACAAGCUUGUUCUUUUCAUAAAUAACCCAUUGUAACCUAAAAGAACUGAAGAAGCUGAUGUGAUCCUUCUCAUAAAGUGCUUGCUUGCUAAGUUUUGUAUUCUGCUGAGAACACCCUGUGGCCACAAAUCAAUAAAACUUAAAAAGUA